AUGAAUGUGAUGCGUAGGUUGAAGAGUAUUGCAUCUGGACGCAUCUCCGUUUCUUCUGAUAACAUUUGUGGAGAAAUAGCAACUACGAAAUCUGAAAGAAUUGGUUUUGAUGAGAAUACGCAAGAAAGUGUUACAAUCAUAGAGAUUCCAGAUAAUAAUUUCCACGAGAUGAGGAUUAGAGAUGAUAAGGAUACAGAAGUUGGAAUCAUCAAUUGCAAUAAUACAGAAUCUGGACAGAUUAUUACAACUAGAAGAAAAUGUCUAAAUGAGCAAAAAGACAAGACAAUCUCAUACAGAGCUGAGAAUGUUAUUGGUACAGGUUCUUUUGGUGUUGUCUUUGAGGCAAAGUGUAUGGAGACAGGAGAACAAGUAGCUAUAAAGAAAGUGUUACAAGACAAGAGAUACAAGAACAGAGAACUUCAGAUUAUGAGAAUGCUUGAGCAUCCUAAUGUAGUUGAGCUUAAGCAUUCUUUCUUCUCAAGAACAACUGAUAAAGUUGAAGAAGAGCUCUAUCUUAACCUUGUAUUAGAAUUUGUACCCGAGACUAUAUACCGUGCUUCGAGACAUUUCACCAAGAUGAAUCUUCAUAUGCCGUUGAUUUAUGUUCAGCUUUACACUUAUCAGAUUUGCCGCGCCAUGAAUUACUUGCAUCGAGCUAUAGGAGUGUGUCACCGUGACAUUAAGCCUCAAAAUGUAUUGGUUAAUACCAUUACACAUGAGCUAAAGAUAUGUGAUUUCGGAAGUGCCAAAAUGUUGGUUCCAGGAGAACCUAACAUAUCGUAUAUAUGUUCACGCUAUUACCGAGCUCCCGAACUCAUAUUUGGAGCAACUGUAUAUACAACUGCAAUCGAUAUGUGGUCUGUAGGUUGUGUUAUGGCUGAACUUUUGCUUGGACAGCCUAUAUUCCCUGGAGAGAGCAGUGUUGAUCAAUUGGUAGAGAUCAUUAAGAUUUUGGGGACACCAACUAGAGAAGAGAUAAAGAAUAUGAAUCCUCGUUACAAUGAAUUUAGGUUCCCUCAAAUCAAAGCUCAACCAUGGCACAAGAUAUUCCGUAGAGAGGUAACUCCAGAAGCCAUGGAUCUUGCCUCAAGACUCCUCCAGUAUUCACCAAACCUACGAUGCACAGCGCUUGAAGCAUGUGCACACCCGUUCUUCGAUGAUCUUAGAGACCCGAGAGCAUGUUUGCCAAACGGAAGAGCACUGCCUCGGUUAUUUGAUUUCACAGCUCAAGAACUGUCUGGUGCAUCUGUUGAAUUGCGCCAUCGUUUGAUCCCCGAGCACGCACGGAAAUCAGUAGGAUUGUUUUAA